GGCCGACAAACACUGGAGCACAACAUGGCAGCCCCUGGGACAGGCUGAAAGAUCCGGGCCGGCGCCCGCUUUGCCUCUCACCGAGAGCCUGGGUGACCGGAAGACCGGACAACCGUGGGGUCAGACGAGGUCAGGCCUCUAGCGGGACUGCGUUUUCCCGGGCGCUCCCUUCUUCUGCCUGGCGACCUCCCAGCCUUCUCUGCCUACGGCGAACCCCUCCACAAGCCCCCUCCUCGCUUCCUGGGAGCAGCUAAGCUCGGCUCCAGCCCCGCGAUCACUUCUUCAGGUCCGGACCCCCAGCUCUGCUCCAGCGGCCGGCCCCGCCCCCUCCGUACCUCUCUUCCCCACCUCCCACUAGUCCCGCCCCCUCCCCUUUCCCCGUCGGCUCCGCCCCCUCCUCGUGCUCUCCCCGGCCCCUCCACGUGCUCCUCUAGCCCCGCCCCCCCCUUCCCAAGCCCGAGCCCACGCUCGCCCCCUCCAUGGCCGCGGCCCAGAGCCCCGGGGAGAGGAUCAACAUCCAGGCGGGUGACGGUUCCCCGCCUGCGGCCGGGGAGGAAACCGGGAAUGGCUGCCCGUGUGGGGCCGCGCCGGGGCCGGGGCCGUCGUGGCGCCACAAGUGCGCCUCGUACGUGCUGGCGCUGCGGCCGUGGAGCUUCAGCACGUCGCUGAUCCCCGUGGCGCUGGGUAGCGCGCUGGCCUACCGCUCCCAGGGCGCGCUGCAGCCCGGCCUGCUGCUGGCCAGCGCCGUGGCCGUGUUGGCCGUGCAUGGAGCCGGCAACCUGGUCAACACCUACUACGACUUCUCCAAGGGCAUCGACCACAAGAAGAGCGACGACCGCACGCUGGUGGACCGCAUCCUGGAGCCGCAGGACGUCGUGCGCUUCGGGGUCUUCCUCUAUACGCUGGGCUGCGUGUGCGCCGCCUGCCUCUACUGCCUGUCCCCGCUCAGACUCGAGCACCUGGCACUCAUCUUCUUCGGGGGCCUGUCCAGUUCCUUCCUGUACACCGGAGGAAUUGGAUUCAAAUAUGUGGCUUUGGGCGACCUGGUCAUCCUCAUCACCUUUGGUCCACUGGCUGUUAUGUUCGCCUAUGCUGUGCAGGUGGGCUCCCUGGCCAUCUUCCCACUGGUCUAUGCCAUCCCUUUGGCCCUCAGCACUGAGGCCAUCCUGCAUUCCAACAACACCAGGGACAUGGAGUCCGACAGAGAGGCCGGCAUCAUCACCGUCGCCAUUCUUAUUGGCCCCACCUUCUCCUACAUACUCUACAACACCCUGCUCUUCCUGCCCUACCUCAUCUUCAGCAUCUUGGCCACCCGAUACACCAUCAGCAUGGCGCUGCCCCUGCUCACCAUUCCCAUGGCCUUUUCACUUGAGAGACAGUUCAGGAGCCAGACCUUCAACAAAUUGCCCCAGAGGACUGCCAAGCUCAAUCUCCUGCUGGGACUCUUCUACGUCUUUGGCAUCCUCCUGGCACCAGCAGGCUCUCUGCCCAAACUCUGAGGGGACCAGGGGUUCUCCACUGCCCGCCCCUUUCAGUGGACCGGGACUCCCUGGCUCAAUGUUGAAAUCAGAGUAUCUGAGAACAGACCUUUCAUCUUUGUGGGGUAACAGAAUCUUCAUAUGCUAGCCAUGUUUUCUCAGUCUUUAGGAAGAAUUUUAUUUGAAUGAUGGGGAUCAGAAAGGGAUCCAGGUGCAUGAUGUUCACAGCUUCCACUAGAGGGCAGUGUCAGGUCACGCUGAAAUGAAGCUGUCCCUUCCACUUGUGAGUACCCAGAGCUACCUGUGUGGCUUAGCCUUUUGCCUCAUUACCCCCCUUCAGUUAGGACCAUAAUUACCAGGUACUUGGUAGAAUCCUUAUCUAAGCUCAAUUUUCAUGCUGAUCGCGGUCUUAGAUGAUGAUGAUUAGUAAGUACCAGGCUCAAUUAACGCGGGCGAUGCCUGUCUCUUACUCCUGGAACUCCAGUCCAGAAAGUGCUGAGAAAGUCCCUCAUUAACAGCCUGCUGCAGCUUACAAGUGUUUGCCCUCGAUGAAUUCGCUCUCUUGUCAUUUGUCACAAUCAGCUGAAAAUAUCAGCUCACCCUUUAGCAAAGGAUCUAGCUGGGGACAAGGAGAAAAAACAGGCCCCAGAAGGGCACUGUGGUGUUUGUGUGGAGAGCGGAAGAGCGGCUCUUUAUUUUGUAGGAAUGACUAAAAAGAUGGACCGGAUUAGGAGUUUUCAGUUACCAUUGGCCCGAAAGUGAGAGGAGCAGUGACAGCUUGGUGGGCUGCUUCAGGGGAUUCAGGGUACUGGUUUCCAUUCACCAAUGCUCCAACAUUUCUUUAGAAUACCCUUGUCACAUUUUCAUGGGGAGAAAAAAAAUCAGCAUUCAGUAAUUAGAUUUCCUGGUAAGAGCUCAAGAACUGUUGCAGAGAUGGUGCUUUGCUCACUGCCCCACAGUAAGCAGAUUAGGCACAUAAAUCCUUAUUGUUCCCGGGUCAGGCCAGUGGGCAUCUGACCCAGAGUAGGCCAGGUACAGCUAACUUAGUUUGUCUCUUUAAAGCAGAAGCAAUUUUGACACGUCUUCGCUGUAGGAUGCUUGAAAUGAAGCCUGGGGAGGACCUUGCUAAGGACACAUUAAAAAUGGGAUGGGUUUUGUGCUUGGCUGGGAAUACUUUUCCAUUUACCCGAGGACAGAUGGUGGUUUUGAGACCACCUUUGCUAACUUGCCUUAUGAAGGUCCAGGACUGAAAUCCCACAGGGUGCUGGGGUCAUCCACAUUCUCUGCCAGGGCUUUAAUAGCACAAUCAGAUCAACCCAAAACAUUUGUGUCCCCCAUCCUGAGAGCAGCUUUAAGGCUAGCGGCAUAAACCCCAGCUUGUAGGCCAGGUCCACUAUACACAGCACAAAACUUGACUUUUGGGCCAGAAUUGGUCUCAUCAUAAGGAGAAAGAGUGUAGAGACCAUGAAAGUUCUUGAAGGUGCUUAGCAAAGAUUUGUGGUCCCAGGACAGAAACCAGCAGCAAAGAGAAAGGGCGACGUCCUCCUUAGCUCUCUUCCCAAGACCUUUUUAAGAAAUGCCAACGUUGUGGAGUUGCAGGUGCUCUUCUCAGCCUUCUGUGCUGAAGCCCCUUUCAGAGCUCAGCCCUUGAGCUUUGGAAUGGAGUCUUCAGUUGAUCUCCAAGUUAGCCACCCCUGCCUGGCCCCCUGGCCUCAUCUGUCUCAUCACCGUGUGGGUUAGAGUUUAGUGCCGAUUUUAAUACGUUUUUGAUACAUACAUUCUCUGACGAGGCCAAAUUUGGUAUUGAGUUUUAUACAUAGCUCACCAUGUAUUUAUAUGGCUGUCCUUGAUUCGGUGAAGUUUUCUUAGUCUUGUUGAUUAAAAAAAAAGAAUUCACUCAUCA